UUUAUAGGAAAUAAAGGGCGGAAUGAACUCAGACGAAGAAUGGCUUCAUUUCUAAGGUCUGUGACCGCGACUGCAGGUGCCGCGUCUGCGAUUACGAUCGCGUUUGCGUUCUCUUCGUCUUCUUCUUCCUCCUCUAAUUCUCAGACUUCCACCUACCCUAAAUCCCAACACCUCUCUUUUCCUUACCUCUCGCGAACGUCGUCGCGAGAUUUGGGACUUGUUCGAAGUUUCGCUAGCUCUUCCAUGGCGGCUGCUCCCGCAUCUGAUCGUAAAGGCUCUCAGGGGGAUUCAGCCAUGCCUGAGCUGCUUACUGAGUUUAUGGUGGACAUGAAGUGCGAGGGUUGUGUUAACUCUGUCAAGAGCAAGUUAGAAACUGUUCAAGGCAUUAAAAAUGUGGAGGUGGACUUGACCAACCAAGUUGUGAGGAUACUUGGAUCAUCUCCUGUGAAGACAAUGACCGAAGCUUUGGAGCAGACCGGUCGGAAAGCUCGCUUAAUUGGACAAGGAGUUCCUGAAGAUUUCUUAGUUUCAGCUGCUGUAGCAGAAUUCAAAGGUCCAGACAUUUUCGGGGUGGUACGAUUUGCUCAGGUUAACAUGGAGCUUACAAGAAUCGAGGCCAACUUCAGUGGAUUAUCACCAGGAAAACACAGUUGGUCCAUCAAUGAGUUCGGCGAUCUCACAAGAGGAGCAGCCACCACAGGGAAGAUAUACAAUCCAUUGAAAGAUCAAACCGGCAGAGAGCUAUUGGGCGACCUGGGAACACUAGAGGUGGACGAGAAAGGAGAGGCCUUUUACUCGGGAAAGAAAGAGAGACUGAAGAUCGUGGAUCUGAUCGGGCGGGCGGUGGUUUUAUACGAGACGGAGGAUAAGUCGGCGACUGGGAUCACGGCUUCAGUGAUAGCCAGAAGCGCCGGAGUUGGAGAGAACUACAAGAAGCUUUGCACUUGUGAUGGAACUACCAUUUGGGAAGCAAGCAGCAAUGACUUUGUGACCAGUAAGGUAUAAAGUUUAAAACCUAAUUAUAACAGAAGGAAUUGAAACUCUUUGUGUUAAGUUUGAAAAUAAGGUUUUUCAUGUAACAUUAUAUUCAUGUUGUCAAGAUUCAUGCCUCUGUAAACUUGAACAAACUCAUGUUUCAUGUCUUUGUACGGCUCAGCAUUUUAUGAGAAAUAUAAUUGACGAACUGUGAAA